UGGGACUGGGACUGACACUGACUGCGCGUGCACGCGGCUGCGAGCGAGCGAGCGAGGGCGCGAGCGCGUCCGUUACAGGCGGGCGCCGGGUCAGUCGGUCGGCGGGAACUGAUCGGAUCUUCGUCCCGCCGUUCGCGUUGCUGAGGCGGCGAGAGUGAGAGGGGGAAGACCGACUCACCCCCUCCGAGGAGGAGGAGGAGAAGGUGGAGGAGGUAGUGGAGACUGAGAAGGGGGAGGGAGCUGAGGUACUCCGGACCAUGCCUCGGGACAACAUGGCCUCCUUGAUCCAGAAGAUCGCCCGUCAAGCUCGCACCACCUUCAAAGCGCUGCCGCCGGCCGACGCCGGCAGCUUCCAGGCCAAUCUGGCCAAACUGAGCAAACUACUGGAGAAGAUCCAGGCCGAGGAUCUCAACCUGGGUCCCCGGAGGAACGGCGGGCCGCCUCCGCCCCAGCUCGGAGCUCACCAGGGACCCCCGGUCACCUACAUGCACAUCUGCGAGACCGACUCGUUCUCCAUGGGGGUGUUCCUGCUGCAGAGCGGCUCCUGCAUCCCGCUGCACGACCACCCGGGCAUGCACGGCUUGCUCAAGGUGCUCUACGGCCAGGUGGCGAUCAAGUGCUUCGACAAGGAGGAGGUCGAGGAGGAGGAGGAGGAGGAGGAGGACGAGAACGAGAACGAGGAGGAGGCGGCGGCCGGAUCUGGGGCGGACGUGCAAGGCGUGCAGUUCAACCCGCCGCUGUUGCAGUGCCAGCGAGCGGCGCUGCGGAAGUCCCUGCGCAGGUCGAGCGACGUGCUGAGCGAGGCGAGCGACCCAUGCCUGUUGACCCCGGUGCAGGGCAACAUGCACCAGAUCGAAGCGAGGGACGGGCCAGCCGCCUUCCUGGACAUACUGGCGCCUCCGUACGACCCGGACGAGGGAAGGGACUGUCACUACUUCAAAAUGCUGCAGGUGUCGGGGAACGCGGGCGAUGACAGCCCCGAGUCGCCGCAGCAGCAGCCGUCGCAACCCAUCUGGCUGCUGGAGGUGCCUCAACCAGCCGACUUCUGGUGCGGAGGGGAACCUUACCCUGGUCCCAAGGUCUCCCCUGACUGAACGGCUGGCAGUUCUUGCUUUCAGACCAUCACCAUCCAUGGUGUCUUUAUCUCCUUCCUCUCUCUCCCUGUACAGUGAUGAAUUAUCAAUGUGCUUUUUACAAAUUCGGCCUUGUUUUUGCAUCUUUGUCCAAGUAAUAGACACCCCAAAUUACCACUGAAGAAUAGGAAGCUUUAAAGCCUGGAGUUUCUUGGUAAAACUGAGAUAUUUGUGUGAUCGUGCACGCAUCUUGGCUUGCCCAGAAGUUAUUUCAAUUUAAGGUCUGGCCUAGCACUUAGUGGCAUACAUCCUACUACAUAUAUUUACCAAAAUUUGGGUACUACUUGCUUAUUAAACGUUAAUCACCUUAUACAGACUGUAUUAAACACUCAUUUCUCUUGCCCACAUCAUAAUUAAUUUAUUCAAAUGGUUGUGUAUACUUUUAGUUUUUCCCAAAUAUAUAGAAUGGGAACAGACUAUUUUUCCAGUAAGUACUUAACACCACUGGUAGCACACACUGCUAACAAUCAGACUUUUUGGAUACAUUGGAUCCAGUGGUGUUUCCCUCGUUAAGAACCAUUGAACAUCUUUAAAGUUGUCAUCGAUCUAAACAUUUGGCAGACACCAGAAAAUGCAGGCCCACAAACUUGGAACAUUUUUGUCAUUGUCAAUUAUAACAAUUGCAUGCAGAAUAAUCCAAGCAAAAAUUCAUUAUCUUCAUUAAAUGUACUUUCAGCUGAAUCUGACCGUUUUAAAAAGAAAGGAAAAGGGCAUAUUGAGAGGUUAAUGCUCUAAUGGUUGCCAGCAUGAGGCCCUGUGUUUGUAUUAAAGGUUACUGCGAUGCCACACAAGUGAAGAGUGCAUUCUCUCAUAACGAUGAUCUCAGCACAUUGGCAGCAGGUUGAUUCAAAGCUCUGUGUACUUGGAUAGUAUCUGGGCAUCUAAGGUAGUGGAAUUGAUGAGGGAAUUUUAUAUGACCAGUAAAUCACUUGUGAUCUUACACAUCAUAUAUGUUUUAAAAACCACUUCCAUUUAAAAAUAUAUAAAACCUUUUGUUGGAUAGUAUUUAAUUGUUAUCAGAUCCAUUAUUCAAUAGCAUAAUCAACAGAUUUGAUACGAUUCGAACUUGAACCUGUGAAAUUCUUCUUCAUUAUAAGUAUUUAUAAUGGACAAAUACACUAUCUUUAUCUAAACUGGGGCUGGAUUUUCUUGUAUUCUGCUGAGUUACUCCAGUUUUUUUGUGUCUACUGGUCGUAAUGCAUGUCCUAAUACUUUAGAAAAGCUAAACAUGGUCUUAUGAAGAGAAACAAAGCCAAAUAAUUGCUUUAUAGCAUAAGAAACAACUGUAAACAUUAGGUUCAACAUGGCCAUAAUUCUCAAACAUAGCUUAAGAUUUAGUAUAUCCAUCCAUUAUUUGACAGUGCACGAUAAAUACUCAAUACUCAUCUCAGGAAAUGUUCCUUUCAGACCCUUUUGCUGAAAGACUUCUUUCUAAAACUUAACAGUCUCCAAACUAAUGAAAAAGUUUAUUUUUACUGUAUUAUUAGUUAUGUUUUUAAUCACGGUGCCCUUCUUGGAGGGGUACAAAUAUUUUGCUGUCCUUGACGAUGCAGAAUCUGAAUUAUCAUUUUUAAAAAAAGUUUCUGAAAUAUCACCAUGUAGUUUUGCAUGCUAUGGGAUUGUAACCGAUCAACCAAUAUAUUAGCUGAACUGCAGCAAUCUGACAUUGCAGGUGUGAAAAUGAUUUCCUGUUCAUUUCAUUCAUGUGUGAAAUUUGAUUUCUGAUCAACUUGGAAUCCAACUGGUUUGUCCAGAUUUCAAGUAAAAAUCAUUUAACAACUUGUAUUAUUAUUUGGUUGUACCAUUUCAAAAGUACAUGGGAGAAGACUAUUCAAAAUAUUGGAAAAUAUUAAGAGCAAUAAAACAUUGUGUGAUUUUACUAA